AUGGAGAGAGUUGGAGUAAACAGUUCGCUAUCAAAGACCCUUUCUUAUAUAUUUCAAAGUGGCCGAGGAGGAUUUUCAGAGGAUGGAAAAUUCUCCACCUCGAUGGAUACGUACCCUAUAAAAUCCGACCCCCUAGACGCUAGCUACAGAGGCAUUUUUCCCCAGGAAGGAAAAGAUGACCUUUGUCUCAUGAGAAAUCACAAUCUGAUUAUAUAUGAACACGUCAGAAAUCUCCAAAUCCACUCCUAA